AUGACAAGCACAGACCCGGAUUCGAACGUGGAAGCGGUUCACGAGAUAUAUCCAGAUGGCGACAUUUUACUCGUCUGUGGCCCGAAUAAGGUGGUGCUCCUGAUCCACUCCAUCUUCUUGACGAAUGCGUCCAAAGUGUUUGCUGCCAUGCUCAAUGGCAACUUUCGCGAGGGGCAACCGCAAGCCAACGGUGGCCGUCGGACCAUUCCUUUGCCCGAGGACGACCCUUUUGCGAUGGAAUGCAUUUGCGCCUCCCUCCAUUCUCGGAACGAAAGACUGCCGAAUUCGAUGACACCAAAGCAGUUGCUAGCAAUUGCCUAUGCAGCCGACAAGUACGACCUUGUGUCUUCCUUGAGAAUCAUCUCAUCGCAUUGGUUCUCGGCGAACAAGGCAACUCAGUCUUCCUUCCACAUUGAAGACUUCUGGAGUACAAUGGCUGCCGCCUACAUCCUAAAAGAUGACGACUUUUUCCGUAGCACCACUGCUACCAUCGUUUUAAACCACGACCAGUCUUUCCUUGGCCUUGACCAACUAGCCGGGAAUAUCGUGCCAUCAGAAAUCACACUCAGCCUAGAGGAGAAACGCAACAGUGUCCGUCUAGCCCUCAUGCAGCUAUUGUAUAGACAAGCAUACAUAACCCCGAACGACUGUUCCUGCAUGGAGUCGAGCAGGUGCACCUGCGGAUGGAACGCCCAGCAUUGCUACGAAUACAUGCAAAAGCUGGGUUCUACUGAAUUGCUUCCGGAGAAGAUUUCCAGAACCGCUUUACAUUCGGUCUUUACGACAAUGGCGUUGAUGCAUCAGAAGUUCAAUUUGGGGUUGUACUUUGUCACCAAGCUGGACGAAUUGUUGAAAUCUUGUGGUAUUUCUCUUGAUGCUUUUGAACAGGCUGAAGGGUAUUUGUAG